GUUCCUCAGUCACAACAACAAAAAGUUAUUCUUUGGUUACUUGUGGUAUACGUAAGUAUAAUUGAUUAGAUGGUGGUGAUGCUGACGCAAGAAAUGAGUGGCGGUGGUGGUCCAAAGGCGGAAGAGGGUCAGCUGUUUGUGGCGGUGGCCGUGAAGGGUUUGAUCGGAGACAAAUUAGGCGGUGCAGGAAGUCGUCGUGCCGUACGGUGGGCUGUCGAUAAUCUUUUACCGAAGGCUGAUAAAUUUGUGAUGAUCCACGUCAUCCCUACCAUUACUUCUAUUCCUACUCCGAAUAUUUUGAUAUUAAUGUUUACGAGAAUGUGGGUUGUUACAGCCGGAGAUAGAUUGCCGGUGGAAGAAGUGGAGGAGAGUGUGGUGGAAAUGUAUGUAAGAGACGUGAAAAAAGAAUAUGAAACAGUCUUUGUUCCCUUUUUGAAAAUGUGCAAGAGUACUAGGAGUACCAAGCGAUAUUUUCGGUCUAGGAGAACAAAAGGUACAGGAGUACCACUGACCGUUUUAAGAUACGCACCAGAAACAUGUGAAGUAUACAUUGUGUGUAAAGACAGAAUCACUACAAAAUCUAUGGAUCCAUUAAUCAACCGAGAGCCGUGCACAAGUCCACACGCAGCCGCGACUGCCCAUGACUUCUUGAGAGACUGGGCGGCUAGUUUCCACACUCUACGGUCUCCAACGUUACCCGAUCCUCGACAGUCAACUGAGGCAGGAACAAGGAGGUCAGCAUCGGCAAGAGAGCUGAGAUUUGAGGCAUUAAGCCUUACUUGUAAUAAACCCAAAACGCCUCAAAGUAGUAAGGCUUCUAGUGCAACAACUCCAGAGAUUUUUAGGCGACGGAGAGGAUCCGAUAUUCCUCAGCUGAAUUACUCAGAUUUUGAUAAAACAUGUACCAAGCCCCAAUCAAAUGUUGAGAACAUCGUUAGCGAACACCGAGACUCUGAUCGUUCACCCCCGGAAACAUCAAGAAAAUCCAAGAAGGUUGAGAUUGAAGAAGAGGUCGAACGUUUGAAGAAUGAGCUACAAAGUACAGUCUUUAAAUAUAAACAAGCUUGUGAAGAGCUCUUCUCCACACAAAACAAGGUUAAAAUGCUUUCGACUGAAUAUUUGAAUGAAUCUAAAAGAGUGAACAAUGCUGUGGAGAAAGAAGAGUUGCAGAGGAACACCGCGGCGCUGGAGAAAGAGCGGUACAUGAAGGCGGUGAAAGAGGUCGAAACCGCGAAAGCGUUGCUCGCAAGAGAGUUUUGUCAGCGACAGAUCGCGGAGGUGAAUGCUUUAAGGACUUACUUGGAGAAGAAGAAAGUGAUCGAUCAGCUUUUAGGGACUGAUCACCGGUACAGAAAAUACACAAUUGAGGAAAUUGUAACAGCCACAGAAGGAUUCUCGCCAGAGAAAGUGAUUGGAGAAGGAGGAUACGGGAAAGUUUACCAAUGUAGCCUUGAUAGUACUCCGGCGGCUGUUAAAGUUGUCCGGCUAGAUACACCGGAGAAGAAACAAGAGUUCUUGAAAGAGGUUGAGGUUCUAAGCCAACUCCGACACCCACACGUGGUUCUCCUCCUCGGAGCUUGUCCGGAGAAUGGUUGUUUGGUUUACGAGUACUUGGAAAAUGGAAGCCUCGAGGAAUAUAUAUUUCACCGAAAAAAUAAACCGCCUUUGCCUUGGUUUAUCCGGUUUAGGGUAAUUUUCGAGGUAGCUUGCGGUUUGGCCUUCUUACACAGCUCUAAACCGGAACCAAUUGUUCACCGUGACUUAAAACCGGGAAAUAUCUUGUUAAACCGGAACUACGUUAGCAAAAUCGCUGACGUUGGCCUAGCCAAGCUGGUUACGGAUGUUGCACCCGAUAAUGUCACGAUGUACCGAAACUCGGUUCUUGCCGGUACAUUGCAUUAUAUUGAUCCAGAAUACCACAGAACCGGAACAAUUAGACCAAAGUCGGAUCUAUAUGCGUUCGGCAUAAUCAUUCUUCAGUUGUUGACGGCUCGUAACCCGAGCGGGAUUGUACCAGCGGUCGAAAACGCGGUAAAGAAAGGGACGUUAACCGAAAUGCUAGAUAAAUCGGUUACCGAUUGGCCUUUGGCAGAAACCGAGGAAUUGGCUCGGAUCGGUUUAAAAUGUGCUGAAUUUCGAUGCCGAGAUAGACCGGAUCUUAAAUCAGAGGUUAUACCGGUUUUGAAACGGCUUGUGGAGACGGCGAAUUCGAAAGUAAAGAAAGAAGGAAGCAAUUUACGUGCACCGAGUCAUUACUUCUGUCCAAUCUUACGGGAGAUAAUGGAGGAGCCAGAGAUUGCUGCCGAUGGAUUCACGUACGAGAGGAAAGCGAUCUUAGCGUGGCUUGAGAAACAUAACAUUUCACCGGUGACUCGACAAAAGCUAGACCACUUCAAGCUCACACCGAACCAUACGCUCCGGUCUGCGAUUCGCGAUUGGAAAUCAAGAGUCCGGUUUUCUAAUGUCGUUGUUUAAUUGGCUAGUUUCUCAUUGGGGAUUUUUGUAAAAACAUUUAUUUGAAGGUGCAAUAUUUUUAAUUAUAUGCAUGUAAAUGUAUGGUUUGUAAAUUGUGAUAUUUAUGUGAUAAACCAAAAAAGAGAGUUACGUACGUG